AAGGCCGCCGGAUUCUGUCGUGCUUCAGUUGAAUCUCAUCUCUCCACUGAAUAAGUCAGUGCAUCAACUCACGGAGAAAAUUCAGUUUUUCACAGAGGAUGAUAUAGUGAAGAAAAUUUUUGGGAGAAUUCUAAAAGAAAAUAACUUCUUUGUGCCAAGAAAAUAGUGCUUUGUAAGAAGAAAAAAUGUCUUCAGUGCAGGAUAAGAUGCCUCCUUUGGAGAAGAAGAUUCCCAUUAAGAGAUCCAGCUCAUUUCAGCGACUCAAGUGUUCGGCAGUUUUGCAAUUUCAAGUUGCUGGUUCAAAGUUCAAAAAGGAAGCCCUACGGACGCUUCUGGAAAAUCUCAUCAACUACUCAAGGGAUGUCUUGCAGAAAACCUACACUACCCUCUCGACGCAGGCUUUCAAGCUCGUAUGUGCUGUUGUCGUGUGGAUUUUGGAUACUUUUGUGAAGCAUCUCAAUCUCAAGAUUUCCGAUAGUGUCCUCGUCAAUUGGUUGCUUCCGCAGUGGAAAUCUGAGGGUGCGAAUGAAAUAUUGAGCAGACCUGCGGUGCAACCACCUCAGAGGGUGGUGGCUCCUACCCAAUCCCCAGCUGCUGUGGAUGCGGUGGAUGCCAAAGUGAAACACUUUUUGCCACAUUCCCCAUCAAAAGUCGAGCCAAAAUACACAAAAACCACCCCAUUGCUGAGGACUGUGAUUUACGGUGGGGCUGCACUUGCCUGCCUCGAAUUCUUGACGCUCAUUUUCCUCCUGAGAACAUCCCAAAUCCCCCCGGGACUCAUCUUCCAGCUCUCCUGCCUUGCAUUCAUUGGGAAUCUCCUCUUCAUGAUUUCCACGAGAACCUCCACAGUGGGUCUGAGAUCAAAGGCACUACUGGCCAAGUUUACAACAACACCAAAGCGACCACUAGGCGAAAAUCUCUGUGAGCACCACACCAGAUUGAGUCGGUCGAGAAGGAAGACGUGCUACUUGAACCUAACUGAUAAGUCGCUAAGUAAGAUUAAGCUUCUCUGAUUUCUUUAAUUAUAUAUGGUUUUAAAUUAAAAAAUAUAUAUUUUA